CGUGUGGACGUAUUCUAUUACAUUCAGAUCAGGCAACAGCUCUCAGUGGCGGGGCACCCAGAGAGAUGCAGUGCAGUCGGUAGUACAUUCAUAUUUAAUACUGCAUAUGUCUGCCUAACACAUCAUACUGAUCAGACCUAUUAGUAGGAGGAAUCUUUUCUCCUCUGUCUCAGUGCUCUGAGGGAAAGGUAGACUUAUUUGAUUUUGAUGGAUGGCACAGAGGAGCAAGAUUCUCACCUGAAAUUGAUCAUUGUCAUGGACAUUUUUCAUCUGCAGAUAAUUAGAUCUAAUUUUACCUGAGUUGGCAUGAGUGUAGUUGUAUCACACCCAUCUCUAGGCACAUUACAGCCUUCCACUUCCUGAAAUGAUGAUCUCCAGCCAAAUAACAGAACCACACCCACCUUUCUCUCCUCUCUGUUUAAAGCAGUUGUAAUCUGCCAAUAGAAUUUUGCCACCAGACAUUUUUUCUCCUCCAAAUAACAAUUACAUAUUAUAUCGGACAUAACGCAGAUGUUAACCUCCAAUCAGAUCUCAUUAUCUGUUCUGACCCCUCAGGCCUUUCUCAUGUUAGUGGCUAGCUGUUCACUCUGAAGGCGCAGGAUGAAAAGAUGGCACAGCUGCUUGUACCACCAGGUCCAGACAGCUUCCGCCCCUUUAGUCGCGAGUCCCUCAAAGCCAUCGAGAGCCGUAUCACAGAGAACGCCAAGAAGCCCAAGGCAGAGAAGAGAAAACACGAUGAUGAGAAUGAGCCCAAGCCCAGUCGUGACCUGGAGGCGAGCACCUCCCUCCCUCUUCUGUAUGGGGACACUCCUAAAGGCCUGGUGUCGACACCACUGGAGGACCUGGAUCCCUACUACUGCAAUCAGAAAACUUUUAUAGUAAUAAACAAAGGAAAUGUCAUCUUCCGCUUCAACGCCGCUCCUGCCUUGUACCUCCUGAGCCCCUUCAACCUCCUUAGAAGAAUAUCAAUAAGGAUUUUGGUGCACUCAUUGUUUAGUAUGCUAAUCAUGUGCACUAUCGUCGCCAACUGUGCAUUUAUGACACUGAAUGGACCGCCUGAUUGGGCAAAGAAUGUCGAGUACAUGUUCACCGGAAUUUAUACGCUUGAAUCCGUCAUUAAGAUUUUAGCUCGAGGGUUCUGCAUAGGAAAGUUCACUUUUCUAAGAGAUCCCUGGAACUGGCUGGAUUUCAGUGUAAUUGUCAUGGCGUAUUUAACAGAGUUUUUAAACCUAGGCAAUUUUUCAGCACUUCGCACAUUCAGAGUGCUAAGAGCUUUUAAAGCUAUUUCAGUUAUCCCAGGCCUGAAGACCAUCGUUGGUGCAUUGUUCCAGUCAGUGAAGAAGCUGGCAGAUGUGAUGAUUCUCACCGUCUUCUGCUUGAGCGUCUUUGCCCUCAUAGGGUUGCAACUGUUUAUGGGACAUUUAAAGCAAAAGUGUAUACGGACAAUUGAAAAUUCCACCUCAUCUUACAAUGGGACCGACAUAAAUGGAACAGAAAAAAGCAGUUUUGACUGGGAAGCGUACACGCUCAACACCAGUAAUUAUUAUGUUCUUCCAAACAAACGAGAUCCACUGCUUUGUGGAAAUGGCAGCGAAGCUGGGAAGUGUCCAGAGGGGUUUACUUGCCUCAGAGCGGGAAAGAACCCAGACUAUAAUUACACCAGCUUUGACUCCUUUGGUUGGGCCUUCCUCUCUCUCUUUAGACUGAUGACACAGGAUUACUGGGAAAACCUGUACCAGCAGACGCUGCGGGCAGCUGGGAAGCCCUACAUGAUUUUCUUUGUGCUGGUGAUAUUCCUUGGUUCCUUUUACCUGAUCAACUUGAUCUUGGCAGUAGUAGCCAUGGCCUACGAGGAGCAGAGCCAGGCCACCAUAAAGGAGGCGUUGGAGAAGGAGGAAGAGUUUCAGGCCAUGCUUGAGCAGCUGAAACGGCAGCAGGAGGACGCUCAGGCCGCAGCAACUGCAGCUGCAGAGAGCGGGGAGGCCAGCGAUAAAGCCACUGGCCCUGAGAGCUCCUCUGACAGCUCCAAGCUUAGCUCCAAAAGUGCCAAAGACAGACGCAACAGACGAAAAAAGAAGAAGGAGGAGGAGGGCAAAGGGGCUGAUGAGAAGGAUCCUAAAUCUGAGUCGCAGGACAGUAUGAGGAAAGGUCGCUGCCGCUUCUCUGUGGAUGCAAACCAACUCAACUAUGACAUGAAAGGCUCAUCCGCACAUCAGUCCUUUCUGAGUUUUCGUGGACCCGUCUUCUCAUCCAGACGGAACAGCAGGACCAGCCUUUUCAGUUUCCGAAACCAAGCGCAGGACAUGGGCUCAGACAAUGAGUUUGCGGAUGAUGAGAACAGCAUUUUUGAGGACAACCUGAGUCGGAGGGAUUCUUUUUUUCUUCCGAGAGGUUGCGAUCGGCGCAGCAGCAAUAUGAGCCAACGCAGUUUCUUGUCGCAUCUACUUUCACCCAAUGGGAUCAAGCACAGCUCGGUAGACUGCAAUGGCGUUGUUUCUCUAGUGGGUGGGAAUUCACUCCCAUCGUCACCUGUGGGGCUCCCUCUGCCUAAAGUGACGGUAGAUAUGGCCUCCGCUGGAGACAAUGCUGACAGUACUGACACAGAGUACAGACAGGCCAGUGGAGGAACACACCAGGAGUUUAUGGACCUCCUCGAUGGCCCAGAGGCCAGACAGAGAGCACUCAGUAUAGCUAGUGUCAUAACCAGCACUAUGGAGGAGCUUGAAGAUUCGAGGCAGAGGUGUCCUCCUUGUUUGUACAAUCUUGCCCACACCUUCCUGAUCUGGGAAUGUUGUCCAGCAUGGCUGAAGAUCAAGAGGGUGAUGAAACUAUUUGUGACGGAUCCAUUUGUGGACCUAGCCAUCACCAUCUGCAUUGUACUCAACACAUUGUUUAUGGCCAUGGAGCAUUAUCCAAUGAGCCUCAGUUUCAUCAACAUGCUGUAUGUUGGCAAUGUGAUAUUCACUAGCAUCUUCACGGCUGAAAUGGUCCUCAAGAUCAUUGCUAUGGACCCAUACUAUUACUUCCAGGAGAAAUGGAAUAUUUUUGAUGGAAUCAUUGUCACGUCAAGCUUGAUGGAGCUUUUUUUGGAAAACGUGGUUGGCAUGUCUGUUCUGAGGUCAUUCAGAUUGCUAAGAGUAUUCAAGUUGGCUAAAUCGUGGCCCACACUUAACACUCUGAUCAAAAUAAUUGGUAAUUCAGUGGGGGCUUUGGGCAACCUGACGCUGGUGUUGGCCAUUAUCGUCUUCAUCUUUGCUGUGGUCGGCAUGCAGCUGUUUGGAAAAUACUACAAGGACUGUGUGUGUAGAAUCUCUAUCGAUUGCACACUUCCCCGUUGGCACAUGAGUGACUUCUUUCAUUCAUUCCUCAUUGUGUUCCGAGUGCUUUGUGGAGAGUGGAUAGAGACCAUGUGGGACUGUAUGGAGGUGGCUGGGACCCACAUGUGCAUCACUGUCUACAUGAUGGUCAUGGUUAUCGGAAACCUUGUGGUGCUGAACCUGUUCCUGGCCCUGCUUUUGAGUUCAUUCAGUGCUGACAAUCUGGCAGCGACGGAGGAUGACAGCGAUAUGAACAACUUGCAGCUGGCCAUUACACGGAUUCACAAAGGCAUUGCCUUUGUCAAAUCCCUGCUUCGAAGCAGCUGCACCAGUGUCUGUCUCAGGAGAAAGAAGAAAGGGACAGCCGAGGACAAAUCUCUGGAUGAGCUCAACAAACCUUUAGGGCCGAAUGGUAUCCCCAACAGUACCAUCAAAGACUUUCCCAGGAACGGAAAUGGGGAUGUGACCGGAGUGGACAAAAAUGGAGACAAGUACAUAGUCAGCAGCAAGAGUGAUGAUUCUAUAAUGUCUUUCAUCAACAAUCCCAGUUUGACUGUCACAGUUCCUAUUGCUGUGGGAGAGUCUGACUUUGAAAACCUCAACACUGAGGACUUCAGCAGUGCCUCGUCUGAUGCAGCAGGAUGCCAUGUGAUUGGAGAUGACCAGCUCAGCUCCUCUGAGGGCAGCACAAUAGACUUUGGGCCAGGCGGGGAGGGAGGAGAGUCUGUAGACAUUGAAUUGGAAGAAUCUAUGGAACCUGACGGCUGCUUUCCUGAUGGCUGGGUGCAAAAGUUCAAGUGCUGCCAGGUAAAUGCGGAAGUGGGCUGGUGGAAGGUGUGGUGGAUGAUUAGAAAGACCUGUUUCCGGAUCGUGGAGCACAACUGGUUUGAGAGCUUCAUCAUCUUCAUGAUCCUGCUUAGCAGUGGAGCGCUGGCCUUUGAGGAUGUCUACAUUGAGAAGAGGAAGACCAUUAAAACAAUUUUGGAAUUUGCAGACAAAAUAUUCACCUACAUCUUCAUUCUGGAGAUGUUACUGAAGUGGGUGGCGUAUGGAUAUGCCAAGUAUUUUACAAAUGCCUGGUGCUGGCUGGACUUUCUCAUUGUUGAUGUCUCACUGGUCAGUAUGGUAGCCAAUGCCAUGGGAUAUUCUGAACUCGGUCCCAUCAAGUCUCUUCGAACUCUGCGAGCUCUGAGGCCGCUGAGAGCCUUGUCACGGUUUGAAGGCAUGAGGGUGGUUGUCAAUGCCCUGCUUGGAGCCAUUCCUUCCAUCUUCAAUGUGCUGCUGGUAUGUCUCAUCUUCUGGCUUAUCUUCAGCAUCAUGGGAGUGAACCUAUUUGCAGGAAGGUACGGCCAUUGUGUCGACAAACUCUCAAAUAAGGAUUUCCCGGUGUCUGUGGUGAAAAACCAGUCAGAUUGUAUACGUAUGGGCAACAACGCUCGCUGGAAGAACUUCAAAAUCAACUUUGACAAUGUUGGCAUGGGUUACCUUGCACUGCUGCAAGUGGCUACAUUCAAGGGCUGGAUGAAUAUCAUGUAUGCUGCUGUGGACUCUCAAAGCAAGCAAAAUGAACAACCAGAAUACGAGAUCAACCUGAAGAUGUACCUGUAUUUUGUUGUUUUCAUCAUAUUUGGAGCCUUCUUCACACUCAAUCUCUUUAUUGGUGUCAUCAUAGACAAUUUCAAUCAGCAAAAGAAAAAGUUUGGAGGUCAAGACCUCUUCAUGACUGAAGAACAGAAGAAAUACUACAAUGCCAUGAAAAAGCUGGGAUCAAAGAAACCACAAAAGCCUAUUCCUCGGCCAUCAAACAAAAUUCAAGGAUACAUCUUUGACUUAACCACAAAACAAGCAUUCGAUAUAAUAAUUAUGGUUCUCAUAUGGCUUAAUAUGGUAGCCAUGAUGGUGGAAACUGAAGAUCAAUCUCAAGAAAAGGCCAAGAUUCUCCACAAAAUUAAUGUAGUUUUCAUUAUGGUCUUCACCGGAGAGUGUUUGUUGAAGAUGAUUGCUCUUCGCUAUUACUUUUUCACAAACGGUUGGAAUGUAUUUGAUUUCAUCGUCGUCGUCCUGUCGAUCAUUGGCAUGUUUCUCUCUUCUCUGAUCGAGAAGUAUUUUGUUUCACCGACCUUGUUCAGAGUCAUUCGCUUGGCCCGGAUUGGCCGUGUCCUGCGGCUUAUUAAAAGUGCCAAAGGAAUCCGCACACUCCUGUUUGCCUUGAUGAUGUCACUUCCUGCCUUGUUCAACAUCGGUCUCUUACUCUUCUUGGUGAUGUUUAUCUAUGCCAUCUUUGGCAUGUCAAACUUUGCUUACGUCAAGAGGGAAUCAGGCAUCGAUGACCUUUUCAAUUUUGAGACAUUUGGCAACAGCAUGAUCUGUUUGUUCCAGAUCACGACUUCAGGAGGGUGGGAUGGCCUACUUGCUCCCAUUCUCAACAAACAUGAAGACGAUUGUAACAGUACCAAAGAGCAUCCUGGCAGCCAUAUUAAGGGAGACUGUGGGAAUCCUACUGUGGGGAUCGCCUUCUUUGUGAGCUACAUCAUCAUCUGUUUCCUGGUUGUGGUGAAUAUGUACAUUGCAGUUAUCCUAGAAAACUUCAGUGUGGCCACCGAGGAGAGCGCGGACCCACUAAGUGAGGAUGAUUUUGAAACGUUUUAUGAGGUCUGGGAAAGGUUUGAUCCUCAUGCAACACAGUUCAUGGAGUACAAAAGGCUGUCUGAAUUUGCAGAUGCUCUGGACCCACCAUUACGCAUUGCCAUGCCUAACAAGAUGGAACUGAUCUCUAUGGAUUUGCCCAUGGUGAGUGGUGAACGCAUUCACUGCCUGGACAUCCUGUGUGCAUUUACGAAACGUGUUCUGGGGGAGGGCGGGGAGAUGGACAUUCUAAGGGGGGAGAUGGAGGAGCGCUUCCUGGCCUCCAAUCCUUCAAAAUUGUCCUUUGAACCCAUCACUACCACCCUCCGCCGCAAACAAGAGGACACAUCCGCCACUAUCAUCCAAAGGGCCUUCAGGGAGUAUAUAAAGAAACAUGCUGCUACAAAUCCCUCUAACACAUCCACAGAUAAGAUUGAAGAGGAUGAAACACACAUUGGCAAAGGGUAUCCUGUCACGGACAAACUCCAAGACAUUUCUAGUGCCGAGAAAAGCGAAUUGAUUCCUUCGACAGCCCAUCAACCUUCAUGUAACAAUGUGACAACAAAUGGAAAAAACAAAUAUGAAAAAGACAAAAGUGAAAAGGAGGUUGAGGGCAAAGACGUCGGAGAGCAAUAGAAGUAAAAUAAUGCUGGAGAUGCAAGAAAGACAUUUUAAUUAAUGACAACAUGUUUACAACCUUUGAAAGUGAAAAAUGCAUCCAUUGGACUCCCCUCCUUAGUUUGGAUAUCUAUGCCAAACUGACCAUGCUUACUUGAGUCUAACGGUUAGAGUGGACAAUAGCUCAUACAGACUGUAGUCAAUUUUGUGGACAACUUUUGGUGGUGUUCAGGAGCAUAGACGCCUUUUGGCUAAAAGAAACAGUAGUUAAUGCUUUAACUUCUACUGCAGCUAGUUCUGCUACCCAGUGUCUUGAAUUAUUGUUAUAUCACUGACUGUUGUAUUACUUUACCUACCUUUUAUUCAGGCAGAGAAAAACAAAACAGUUUUUACAUGACUACUUUUAGACAUCAUAGUUUGAUUAAUUGAACUUGUAUACACUUUUUGUUUGACCUUUUGAAAGGGUUGUUCCUUCGGGGGUUGUCUUUACAACAAGCAGCCCCGCCUCAAGACGUGUCUUGCUUGGCGCUUAGAACACGUGAGACCAUGUUGGAGUUGCUGCAGUUAGUGAGAUAUGUAGACCUGCAUGAAUGUUUCUCCAUAUGCAUGCCAGAGUGUACUAUUUUCAUCGUAUGCUUCAUGGUGCGAAAAAUACAGUCACAACAUGGCUGUUUUUUGUAUAUUACAGAAACAUGAGAUUAUCCUACGGUCCAAACUAAUCUGGUCGAGUAUGUUUGGUUAUCAGUGUCAGAGCAGUAAAACUUGUCAGAAAUACUUUGCACAUUCAGUUUGUUGAAUCAUCAACAUCAUUCACAUACUUCAUCUCAGCCUGCUGUGUGCUAUGUAGCAUUUACACUAUUGCUUAUUAUGUACAGAUUUGAUAUGAAACAUUUGCAUUUCAAAGCUUGCAAUUUGAGAAAAAGCAUGUUGUUUUCACACUCUAACUAACCCCGUUUUAAAUGACCUCACUCAACCAAGAAUUUCCAACAGUGGGCUCCAGGAGGAGAUCAUCUAUGAUAUUGUCUAUUUGUAGGACAGCAGCAUCGCUUCACAUUUUUGACUUUUCCUUAUUGUCUCUAUUCUCUAUUGUCUGUUUUCUUUUAUAGUUGUUUUUUAUGAUGGACCUCAAUGUAAUGAUUAUGAAAUUAUAAAAUGUAUGGAAAGAUUUAUAUUUAUCAUAUGUGAUAUGAAACCAAAUAUAUUCUCCAUGAUCCACUUUAUUCAGGCAUACAGAGACACAAUACAUUUAGCAGAAGCUGAGGUGGGAAAGGUAAAUGUCUAUAAAAACUAACAUAGAUAGUUUAACUUCGUAAGAAAAAGCCCUGUGUUUGAUUACUGGUGAUAAUAUGACUGCGUUGUCUCAGCUCUACUUUACUUUUUUUGUACAUUUUUCUUUGGAAAUGGUGACCUGUAUGUUUUUUUGUGUUUUGUAAACUGUUUUUUUCACAUUUUACUUCUCAAUCUUUAUCAUGAUAAAUAUCGAAGUUGAAUGAAAGAUGGCUCAGAAUAUUCUGAAUGAUUGUCUCAAGGACAUGGCAUCACACAUCUCAUGUUUCCUACUUCUGUUUACAUUUUAUAAAUGACAGUUGUAUCACUUUUGUUAAAUUCUCCCAUAGCUAUGACAACCACCCUAGACUGUAUCACAACCUCUUCUGUUGUUCCAUGUUAUCAAAGUAUAAUUCCAUUCAUGUAAGUAUAUUUUGCAUGUAAUUAAAAUGUCCAAUACUUGCACUAUACUUUAUAAAUAAUGAAAGAAUGUUUUGAUUACAUAGGAUUUAACAUCUCCCAUCAUUCAUAUGCAUAAUGCUUGUAGUGUAUAAAUAAACUGCAUGCAAGACAUUGCUAUAACCAAUUUCACUGAAAUGCCAAAAUAAUAAAGAUGACAUGUUCCUCAA